AUGGGUUUGCGCGCUGACGUGCUGUAUGAUUGUGGUUCAACUCCAUCUUGUGCACAACGUGCCAACGGCGUCGGGUGGUACUUCUCCACAAGCUAUUGUUGGGGAUUUGCAAAUGGAACCGAUACGGUUAACCGAAAUACAUGUGAUGUAUCGGCAACGAAUACUAAUCUACGUAUGUGCUGGCAUACGCAAUCACAAACCGGUUGGUCGUGUGGCUCUACACAAGGCCUGUUUGGUUCUACUUCAUGGCAGCGUGUUAUAUGGCAUGCCGAUUAG